GCGGAGCGGCGGAGCUCGAGCGUCAACCGUUCUGACCAAUUUUCUGAUCUGUCUAGAUACCACAAGCCACUGCGCGUGUAUGAAUUGGCCUGCGCGCAUCGACAGCAUGCGGCUGGGGCGCUUCUUUCUCAAGCAGUAGGUGGAGACUUCGUAUAGGGAGAUGAGUGCGAAUGCUUCGCUGGGCAUGGAGCGCGAGUGGCUCAUGUGCCGCAUGCGCCUACCUUUGGAUUGGAGCUGCAGCCAAACCCCACAUCAUCUUCCAUAUCAUCGAUGACUGGGGCUUCCACGACAUCGGCUUCCGCUCUCCGGAGAUGCAGACGCCCACCCUGGACCGCUUCCACCAGCAAGGCAUCACGCUGGAGCACUACUAUGUGCUGCCGACCUGCUCCCCGAGCCGGGCGACCUUCCUCACCGGCCGGAUGCCUGUGCACACGGGCCUGCAUAGCAAGCUGCCCUACCACGAAGCCAGAGGGCUUCCAUUGGACGAGGUCCUGCUGCCAAGCUAUCUCCAAGAGGAGGGCUACCGGACCCAUGCCGUGGGCAAGUGGCAUUUGGGGUUCCACCGUUCAGAAUACACGCCCACCUUUCGAGGCUUCGAGUCCUUCUACGGGUACUAUGCCGGGGGUCAGGGCUACUUCACUCACCAGUUGGAUGGCAUCUUCGAUCUGCAUCGGCAACCGCAGCAGAACUGCGGGCAGAACUGCAGCCAGGUGGCUUGGAACGCGGAGGGUCGCUAUUCCACAAAGCUCUUCACUGAAGAGGCCAUCCACAUCAUCCGACGUCAUCAUCGUGAAGAGCCUGAGAAACCGCUCUUCCUGUGGCAGGCGUGGCAAAACGUGCAUGCGCCCAUCCAAGCUGGAAAGCUCUUCAUUCAUCGCCUCCGCGAUCGGAUCGCCGACCCAACGAGGCGGAUUCACGCGGCGAUGGUCAGUGCAGUAGACGCGGCCAUCGGGCGAAUCAAUGAUGUACUUGCGGAAGAAGGUAUGCUGCAGAAUUCCAUCGUGAUAGCGACCACUGACAAUGGGGGGGCGAUUCACGAAUGCAUGCCCAACGGAGCGUCGAACUAUCCGCUGAGGGGCGGCAAGUGCAGCGUCUGGGAAGGUGGGACUCGAGGGACGGCGCUGAUCUACGCACCAAGCGUUCUACCGUACCAAGGCCUCUUCCGGGGCCUCUUUCAUGCCGCCGAUUGGCUACCUACGCUGCUGUGUGCUGCUGGAGCCAAGUCCUACCAGGUCUCAAAGCCUUUAGAUGGCAUCAACCACUGGCCCGCCUUGCAGCAGAACACCUCCUCCACACGCAAGGACGUCUACUAUGGCACGGCAGAUGUGGUCGUGGGCGUUCAUGGCCCUGCCCUGAGGGACGCAGCGGGAUGGAAACUGGUGCUCAAUGGCGGCGGCGGCCACGGUGAUUGGACACCGCAUCCUGUGAAGCCGCCUUCCAGGCGGCUCGAGGACGCAGCACGCAAAGCACGCGGAGCGAGCCGGUACUUGACCAGCAAAAGAAAGAGCUAUCCGCAACUCUUCGACCUCCAGGGUGACCCUUCGGAGACGACCGACCUCGCCCGGCAGCGUCCGGACGUCGCCUUCAAGCUCCGACUGCGGCUGCGGCAUUGGCGCGCCUCGGGCGUUAACGGCGCGCCGUUGGAGGACUGCCCGGACUUCAGCCCACGCCGAAGCGGAAAGAGGAAAUGGAUGGGCCCCUGGUGUGAGUGAGAAA